CUACAAUCGGCCGCCUAUCACAUUCUAUGGUCGUCUACACAAGUUAAAUAAUUAAUUAAUUCCAAUAUUAGAAUUGAAAGUAGCAUAAUAUAAUAGAAUAAGUAAUUCAAAUUUGAUGGGCAAUACGCCAGAACGUCAACAAAAAACAUCAACAAUUGAAUAUAUUGACCAUCACCAACAGAGACGCCAUUUUGGCUAUCGGCCGGCUGAUUUGUAAAGCUUAGGAGAGCCAGCAAAAAUUGCAAAAAAAAAAAGAUACAUAAUUAGUUUUUAAUAAUUUGUGCUUCAACUAUGAAACUUUAACAGCCAAGCCCAUAACAAGUGUGAGUGCAUAUACCGUGGCAUAUAAGUGCGACAGAGUGAAUUAAUGCGUAUAUUAAAAGAAACGCACAGUGUUUUUAGGGCGGAUGCACAAAAUGUUUAUAGAUUUUUGCAAUUGUGUCCGUUGAGAAGAAAUAUGUAAACUAAACGCAGCGCGCCGCAAACAGCAGCAGUGCAUGCACAACCAACAACAGCAACAAGAGAAAGAACAAGAACAAUAUUCUUAUUGGCACUACAAAAAGAAAAGAAAAACAUUCAGGAGCCAACAAGAAACUUAAAAGUUUUUGAACGUCGUCAACGACAGACAAAGUGAGAGACGGACGACGCCGACCAACAGUGCCUAUGUACAUUGGGUUACAAUCAUUGUUCAUUCAUUUGAUAAGUUACCCUAAGCUCCCAACAAUAACAACAACAACAACCAUAACAACUAGAGGAACUGCGGAAACGGGAGUGCAAUCCUUUUAGUCUCUUUGGAACCAGGACUGCCAUAGCCAUAGUCAAUAGUCAAAAGCCAAAGCCGCCCAUCGUAGACUUCUGUAGAAUUACGAUCACACACACACACACACCGGACUACCACAAACGACGACGGCGUUAAGCAUUUGUGACGCGCGUGCAGCCAAAAGGCGCCACAAUGACAUUCGAUACACGCCGGCAGGGCACAGGAACGGGAACAGGAACUGGCCAAGCCACAACAACAAAUACCAAUACCAACACCAACAACAGCAGCAGCACCACUGGAAUAACGAGCACAGCUCAAGGCGCUGGAACUGGCAGUGGCAGUGGUAGUGGCACUGGCAGUGGAACUGGCUCUGUGACAGUCACCAGCACGGGCACAACAGGCGUCACAACAUCAAACAUGUCGAGUAGUGGUGGUGAUUCCAACAAUAGCAACACCAACAAUAGUCAGGAGCACCUGCAGGCUGCCCAAGUCACGGAUGCGCCAACAGCAGCCACUGGUUGUAAUCUGGAGAGCAAUGCAACAGCAGUGUCGCCGGAAAAGCUGAUAGCGUCAUUUCCAACUGCUAAGCUGCGCUCUCUCACACAAAAGAUAUCCAAUCCACGUUGGGUGGUGCCCGUGUUGCCCGAGCAGGAGCUGGAGGUGCUGCUAAAUGCAGCCAUCGAACUGGCUCAGGCUGGUGUUGAUCAUGAUUGUGAGCCGUGUGUGGAGUUUUAUCGCAAUGGGCUGACAACAUCCUUUGCUAAAAUCCUUACCGAUGAGGCAGUCAACUCGUGGAAGUACAACAUCCAUCACUGCAUUCUGGUGUCGUGUGGCAAGUUGUUGAACUUAAUUGCAAUACACAUGCAGCGGGAUAAUCCUUAUUUACUUGAUCUGCUGGCCAUUGUAUUCGAUCCGGACAAUAAGUUCAACACGUUCAAUGCGGCACGACAGCCGGAAUGCUUUGCGACACUCGAGUGCAUUUGGGGUGUGUUGGAUAGUAACAAGAUGUUUGCAAAACCACCGCCGGAGCCAAAGAAUCCACGCGGUUGGCUUGUCGAUCUCAUAAAUCGCUUUGGGCAACUGGGCGGAUUUGAUAAUCUGCUCGAGCGUUUCAAUAGCGGCCUGGAGUUGUUGAAGCGCAAUCAAAACACAAAGAAGGAAACUCUGGGUGGCGGUUCCAGUUCAACAAUAGUCAAGAGCAUCGCAUCCAAUGAGAGUGGAGGAGUGGAAGGUUCAGGACAGGACAAUCGCCUAACGUUGGCUCUCAUUCACAGCCUGUUGCGGCCUUUUGGCCAAUGCUAUGAGCUGCUAACGCCUGCUACAAUUGCCAAGUACUUUAUGCCCACUUGGAAUGUUGUGUUGGAUUUGCUUGAUAGCUUCACUGAUGAGGAGUUGAAGCGUGAGGUGAAACCCGAAGGACGCAAUGACUAUAUAAAUGGCAUUGUGAAGUCGGCGCGUUUUCUGGCCAGCCGUCUAACUGGCCAGGAGGAACUGAUACGCGAUCUUGAAAUGUUUCGCCUUAAAAUGAUAUUGCGUCUGCUGCAGGUGUCCAGUUUUAAUGGCAAGAUGAAUGCCCUUAACGAGAUUAACAAGGUGCUUACCUCAGUGGCAUAUUAUUCGCAUCGCUCUCAGCCGCUUCCACAAUGCAUGCCUGAUGAUGAAAUGGAUUGGCUAACAGCGGAGCGCAUGGCCCAGUGGAUUAAGUCAUCCGACGUGCUUGGUAUUGUGCUCAAAGACUCACUGCAUCAGCCACAGUAUGUGGAAAAACUGGAGAAGAUCAUACGCUUUCUUAUUAAGGAACAGGCCCUGACGCUCGACGAUCUGGACGCCGUGUGGCGCGCUCAAGCGGGCAAACACGAAGCUAUUGUUAAAAACAUGCACGAUCUGUUGGCCAAGCUGGCUUGGGACUUUACACCCGAACAGCUCGAUCAUCUAUUUGAAGCGUUUCAGGCCAGCAUGACAACCGCCAAUAAGCGUCAGCGGGAACGUCUGCUGGAGCUAAUAAGGCGUCUGGCCGAAGACGAUAAAAAUGGUGUAAUGGCACAAAAGGUGCUGAAGCUAUUCUGGGCACUGGCACACAGUCAGGAGGUGCCGCCCGAGGUGCUUGAUCAGGCGCUGGGAGCGCACGUCAAGAUACUCGAUUACAGCUGCUCGCAGGAGCGCGAUGCCCAAAAGACCAUUUGGCUGGAUAAGUGUGUGGGUGAACUAAAGGCUGGCGAUUCGUGGGUGUUGCCCGCGUUGCGUCUCAUUCGGGAUAUCUGUUGUUUGUACGACACGACGCCCAAUCACGCUCCACGCACACAAACGAGCAUCAAUCGGCAGCAGGUGAUUGAGCGCCUGCAGAAUGAUUACUCGCUGGUUAUACUGGUGACAAAUAGUCUGACUGCAUAUAUGGAAAAGGUGCGCACCUUGGUGAAUGAGACGCCCAGUUUGGAUGCGGCGACAAUUUUGAUAGAUGGUCGGUUCCCACAUCAUGCACAGAUUGCCGAGCGUUUGGAGUUUCUUAAGUUCUUGCUGAAAGACGGUCAGCUUUGGCUUUGCGCCGAUCAGGCCAAGCAAAUUUGGCAUUGUCUGGCUGUGAACGCCGUUUUUGCUGCUGAUCGCGAGGAAUGUUUCCGCUGGUUCGGUAAACUGAUGGGCGAAGAACCAGAUCUCGAUCCGGGCAUUAAUAAGGACUUUUUUGAGAACAACAUACUGCAACUGGAUCCACUUCUGCUGACCGAGAGUGGCAUUAAAUGUUUUGAGCGCUUCUUCAAAGCUGUCAAUUCCAAGGAAGAUAAACUGAAGGCCAUCCAUCGCGGCUACAUACUCGACAAUGAGGAUCUCAUUGGCAAGGAUUAUCUGUGGCGUGUGAUUACAACUGGAGGCGAGGAGAUUGCCAACAAGGCCAUCGAUCUGCUGAAGGAGGUAUCAACAGCGUUGGGUCCACGACUGCAGGAGCACAUCACAGAGUUCCAUGAGAUGUUCAUUGGCGAGUGUUGUUCCCGUCUGCGCACUCACUACAGUAAUAUUCUGAUACUGGGCAAAACAACGCUGGAAGAUGCCGAUAAUCAGGAUACAACCAACGAUGACUCAAAGGAUACAAAGAUGCGCUUCAUCGAAGCGGAGAAGAUGUGUCGCAUCAUAAAGGUGCUGCAGGAGUAUAUUAAGGAGUGCGAUCGUUCCUUUAGCGGUGAUCGCAUCCAUUUGCCACUCAGCCGCGUCACACGUGGCAAGAACACUAGUCUCUAUAUCCGGUUCCAAACACCUGGACGUUCCUCGAUUGAUGACAUUGAAAUUGUGACGCACAGCAAUGAGACAAUGGCUGCCUUUAAGCGUAACUUGUUGAAGCGCAUCAAGGGAAACUCCACGUCCACCAACAACAUUAAGGUGGAUCUGUUUUAUACGAAUGGUGAACUGAUUGAGGUCUCGGAUGAAAUCAAUCCGCUUUAUCAGUACACCAUACGUGACAAAAUGAUAUUGACGGCCAAGCUGACACAGGUUGGCAUUGGCCUAGCCAGCAGUCCCGAUUCCUCCAGCGACUCCAGCACCGGUUCGCCACCUAGACCCUGUCCAGAUAUGCAACGCGUCGAAUCGGAGAGCACGCUGCCGGGCGUGAUCAUCUCACAGAACUAUCAGUACACCGAGUUCUUUCUGAAGCUGCAUCAAUUGGGCAGCGAUUUGGAGCACGGACGUCUGCGUGACAGUGCUAAGGUGUUGCUCCAUCUGCUGCCCUGUGAUCGACACACCAUGCGGAUGCUGCAGCUCAUGUGUCGCGUCCCAAAGUCGCCCGCCGGUGAUGGACCCAAGGAGGAGGACGCGUUAACUAGCAGUGGUCAAAGUGCAAGCGAUGCUCUAAAUGCCGAUGACUGCACACCGGAACAGAUGUUUCUGCAUCCGGCACCUGCUCAGGUGCUCUACAAUCUGAGCGUGCUACAUGGACUGCUGAUUCCCGCACUCGAUCCGUUGGGCGAGUCGGCAUUGCAGGUGCAAUCGGCCUGGAUGCAUUCUGGCUGUGCGCAUUUCGUGCUCGAACUGUUGACCAAGAACAACUUCUUACCCAGUGCUGAUAUGCACACGAAACGCGCCUCCUUCCAAUGUGUGUUGCGUCUGGCCAAGCUCUUUCUCUACAUUGUGGGCAGCGUGUUGUCCCGCGUGGGAGAUGAGCCAAUGAUCUGUGACUACGACAACGGAGCACGCUCUCAGGUGGACAUACUUAAGCAGAACUUCUCGACAACGCCCAACAAUGCACAGGGAACAUUGCGUGCCAUUUCGGCCAAGUUGGCCGAGAUCUUGGCUACCGAGAUGCUCUCAGCAAGCCACGAUGGCGAACGUUGUCGUGCUUUGUUUAGCUCCACAUUGCAAUGGUCUUGUCCAGAUAUUAGCACCAUUAAAGCCGUGGUGCACUUAGCCUGGGCCUCCUCGUGUGGCAAUCUGCAAGCGCUGGGAAGCACUAAUGAUUUUGAGGAUGAUGCCAUUAUACCCGAUGGUCAGGACUUUAGCGUUUGCAAGGAGGCUCUAGAGGUGUUAACGAUCUCGUUUAUACUCAACCCCAGCGCUAACGAGGCGCUGAGUAACGAUGCCAAUUGGCCCAAAUUUAUUACCUCCAUUGUAUUGAAGAAUCCGCUUCGUCAUGUGCGCCAAGUGGCAUCCGAGCAACUGUUCCUGGCCUCCACCUAUUGUGCCGGCGAUCGUCGUCCGUUCGUCUAUAUGGUCAAUCUGCUUGUGAGUGCACUGAAAACUCUGGUGCCACAAUACGAGGCAACCUGUGCGGAAUUCUUUUCGGUUUUGUGCCGUACACUCUCGUACGGUUGCAUCUACAACUGGCCACUACAGAUUGGCGAGGGUCUUCUCGGCGAUGAGAUUAAAUGGCUGCGCAAGAUACGGGAGAACGUCAAGGUCUCUGGAGAUACGCAGGUGCAUGAGGAACUGUUGGAAGGACAUCUCUGUCUGGCCAAGGAGCUGAUGUUCUUCCUCAUGGCCGACUCGAAGGCACAGCUCAACGAGCUAAUACACGAGCUCAUCGACGACUUUCUGUUUACGGCAUCACGAGAGUAUCUGCAUUUACGCAAGCACGGCAGUUUGCGCAUGGACACGGUGGCCCCACCAGUGUGCCGUAGUCCGCACACAAUUGCUGCUGCUUGUGAUCUCCUCAUUGCUUUGUGCCAGCACUGUGUUCCUAAUAUGAAGCUACUCACCAAUACACUCAUCGAUUUCGUCUGCACGGAUACGGAUCCGUUGCGCGAAUGGGAUUAUCUGCCGCCAGUGGGCGCCAGGCCAACCAAAGGUUUCUGUGGAUUGAAAAAUGCUGGCGCUACCUGUUACAUGAACUCCGUGCUGCAACAGCUUUACAUGGUGCCAGCUGUGCGUGUGGGCAUCCUUAAAGCGCAUGGCGCCGCCACCAACGACAAUGAGGACUUUAGUGGCGAUUCGGAUCUCGUCGGUGGCAGUCUUGGGCCAUCGUUCUUUGCCGGACCCUCAACCAUGCCCACACUCUCGUCAACAUCAUCUUCAGCGUCGGCUUCCAAUGAUGAUGGUGCAGAUGUGCGCAAGAACUAUCACGUCAUCAUCUUGAAGCAUGUGCAGGCCAUAUUUGCUCAUCUGGGCCACAGUGCGCUGCAGUUUUAUGUGCCACGAGGACUCUGGACGCACUUUAAAUUGCAAGGUGAGCCUGUGAAUCUGCGUGAACAACAGGAUGCCGUUGAGUUCUUUAUGUCGCUGUUCGAGAGUCUCGAUGAGGGACUGAAGGCACUCGGCUACACUCAGCUGAUGAAUGCAACGUUGGGCGGCUCUUUUAGCGAUCAAAAGAUUUGCCAGGAGUGCCCACAUCGCUAUUCCAAAGAGGAACCAUUUAGCGUAUUUAGUGUUGAUAUUAGGAAUCAUAGCUCAUUAACCGAAUCUCUGGAGCAGUAUGUCAAAGGGGAGCUGCUCGAGGGAGCUGAUGCAUACCAUUGUGAUAAAUGUGAUAAAAAAGUAGUUACCAUUAAGCGGCUAUGUGUCAAGAAGCUGCCGCCCGUGUUAGCCAUACAAUUGAAGCGCUUUGAAUACGACUACGAGCGCGUUUGUGCGAUUAAGUUUAAUGAUUAUUUUGAAUUUCCUCGUAUCCUGGAUAUGGAGCCCUACACAGUUUCUGGCCUAGCUAAGCUAGAGGGUGAAGUUGUUGAAGUGGGUGAUAAUUGUCAAACAAGUGUUGAAACAACAAAAUAUGAGCUGACCGGCAUUGUGGUCCACAGCGGGCAGGCAUCCGGUGGCCACUACUUCAGCUACAUAGUAUCCAAAAAUCCAACGAAUGGCAAAUGCCAAUGGUAUAAGUUUGAUGAUGGCGAAGUAACUGAAUGUAAAAUGCAUGAAGAUGAGGAAAUGAAGGCUCAGUGCUUUGGCGGCGACUAUAUGGGCGAGAUCUAUGACAACAAUCUAAAGCGUAUGCAAUAUCGGCGUCAAAAGCGUUGGUGGAAUGCAUACAUGUUGUUCUAUACGCGCUGUGAUCAAAACCCAACACAAUUUGAUGCUAGCGUCGAGCAAUUGUCGCUGACUGAAAGCCGAAAUGUAGUGCUGCCCUUACCAAAGCCAAUUGAACGCAGUGUUAGACAUCAAAAUAUACGCUUUCUGCACUCGCGUAGCAUUUUCUCAGUCGAGUUCUUCAAUUUCAUUAAGAAGCUGGUCAGCUGCAGCAUUCCAUCGACGCGCAGCGAUAAAAUUACACCUGCCGCGGAAGAGCUUUCCCUGCUGGGUGUUCAGUUAGCCUCGCAGUUUCUGUUCCACACUGGAUUCCGCACAAAGAAAACUUUGCGAGGUCCUGUCAUCGAAUGGUAUGACACGCUUUCACAUCACAUACGUUCCUCCUCGCUGGUGCGCAAGUGGUUUGCGAACCAUGCGCUGCUCUCGCCUCCAUCGCGCCUGGGCGAGUAUAUAUUGAUGGCGCCCUCGCCAGAGGUGCGUGCUGUGUUUGUAAAGCUGGUUGUGUUCUUUUGCCACUUUGCAAUCAAUGAUGAACCGCUUGUCGGCUAUGAAGGCAGCAAUCUAUGCGAGCAGGUACUCAUCAGUGUGCUGCGCCUGCUCAAAUCAGAGGCUGCUGACUAUGGAAAGCAUUUACCGCACUACUUUAGCCUAUUCAGCAUGUACGUAGGUCUAGGCACACGCGAAAAGCAACAGCUACUUAAGUUGAAUGUGCCAGUGCAAUUUAUGCAGGUGGCCAUGGAUGAUGGACCGGGACCGUCGAUUAAAUAUCAGUAUCCUGAGUUUAGUAAACUGCAUCAAGUGGUGUCUCAUCUGGUGCGCUGCAGCGAUGUGAGCGACAAGUGCCAGAGUUCCAAUCAGAAUGCACGACCAAUGCCCAAUCCACACAAGGAUCCGAGCAUUUCCCAGGAGGAAUUAACCCCACUGUCUAGCGAGUGCAUGGACAUUCUUUUCAAUCGCACCGGUUAUAUUAAAAAGGUGAUCGAGGACACGAACGUGGGCGAUGAGGGAUUAAAACUUCUGCAAUAUUGCAGCUGGGAGAAUCCGCACUUCUCGCGUGCGGUGCUGACUGAAUUGCUGUGGCAAUGUGGCUUCGCUUACUGCCAUGACAUGCGACAUCAUACAGACCUGCUAUUGAACAUCCUGUUGCUUGAAGAUUCUUGGCAACAUCAUCGCAUACACAAUGCACUCAAUGGUGUUGCGGAGGAGCGUGAGGGAUUAUUGGAUACGAUACAGCGGGCCAAGACGCAUUAUCAGAAGCGCGCUUAUCAGAUAAUCAAAUGUCUGACGCAUCUGUUCCACAAGUCACCGAUUGCGCUGCAAAUGCUUAAUACCAAUCCAACCAUCAGUCGUCACUGGAGCAUUGCUGUUGAGUGGCUGCAGGAUGAGCUGGAACGGCAACGUGGCAUUGGCUGCCAGUAUAACUCGUACUCAUGGUCCCCGCCGGCACAGAGCAAUGACAACACCAAUGGUUAUAUGCUAGAGCGUUCGCAAUCGGCUAAGAACACUUGGUCCAUGGCUUAUGAACUGUGCCCGGAGGAGGUGAGCGAGAAAGCAACGACGGAUCAGGAGGAAAACAACGAAUCCGACUUGGAAUCCAAUGAUGACAACAAACAGGAGCAACAGCAGCAAAAACAAGCACAGCAGCCACCAGGCACAGAUGCCAUUGAGCAACCGCAGCAGGAUCAGCAGCCGGAUAACAAGACGGUCAACUAUUCUGGAUUAACUACGAUCCCAACAAUUGGCGGCUGGCCAAGCCCAGCUGCGGCUCCGACUCCAAGCUCGACUCCGGUUCAGGCUCUGACUUCGGCCUCAACGGACGGCAAUGGCAUACCACGUUUGUCGCGUCAGCUGUUUAGCGCCUACACGUCCACGGGUGGUGUAAUCCCGACGGGAAAUGUUGCUCCGCCAAGCGGUAGCGGUAGUGGCGGCGGUGGCAGCGGCAGCGGUGCCAACAGCGAGACAGAGAGCAGCGCUCAGGAGACAGGAAACGCUGAGACCAACAUAAAUGGUCUUACCAAUAGCUUGGAUCACAUGAAAGUUUCAAUGGAAAAGCAGUCAGAGAACAGGAAAGAGCGAAGAAGGCCAAUGAAAAAUAAGAGUGUGUUUGAAAAAAAAGUUAGCGCAGCGAAAACCGCGGAAGUGGCAACAAUAACAGAGGCAACAACUACAACAACUUCCACAAUAGCAGUAACAGCGUCUAGCGCAACAACAACAACAGCUGCAGAAACAACAGCCACAACUGUAACAACAACAACAGAGACAACAUCUGAAAUAAUAACGACAGCAGCAACAACCACAAUAACAACACCGGUAACCAAUGCAACAACCACAACAACACCAGCUGCAACAACAUCGGGAGCGGCUGAACUCAACUCAAUAAUUGAGAAAAACGUUAUUUAAAAUUCAUAGAAACAAACAAAAAGUUUUUUUUUAAUAAAAAAAAUACUAAUCGCAACAAUAACAACAACAUGAACAAAUAACUUAUGAGCAUUCAUCUCGUGACGCUCGGAAAUGUUUCGGCUGGGUUUUAAUGGGGGCAAAAGCGUUGUAAAGAAAAACAAAACAUAAAAACAAACCGAGACUUAAAUGCUAGUAGUUAUUAACAAUCGAAAUAAACAAAAAAAAAAAGGUACACAAAGAAUAAAUACGAAAUAAAAAGAAACGAUAUGUAGACGAGGUCAUACAGAAGAAAGAAAUAGAAAACAAACUAGAAAGAUAAAGGAAGGGUAUGUACCACAGAUAAAGGUGUUUAAAUAGUUAUUGUACUUUAUACCUUAUUACCUAAACAAAUUACAUACACACAAACUCACUCAAACAUACACACACAAAUACUAUGAUGGUUUAAGUUGCAUGUUAAAUGUACGAUGUAAUUGUAUUUAUAUAGUAUAUAUAAAUAAGAUGUAAUACGCAUUGGAAGCGAGCAAUCGAAACAUUAACUGAAUCAAAUGAAAUCAACAACAACACUAACACAAUACUACAUACAUACACCCAAAUAUAAAUAAAAGAAACAUACUUAGGAAACAAUAUAUAUAUAUAUAUAUAUAUAUAUAUAUUUGGCUGUCUGACACAGCUGAACAAUUUCUGAUUAAGGCAAGCAAAACCAAAUUACAUCUUCAGUACUCAUCAUGCCACAAGUGUCGACCUCGCCCCUGUGAAGCGUUUCCUAUAACUAAUUUUUCAACUGCGAAUCAACUGAAAUUAAUUAAUUGAAUGAUAAAUCAAAAAA